AUGACUAGGGCAAAUCCUGGGUUUGUGCAUCCAUUAAUUUCUGAAAUAGAUAGAGAGUUUCAUAGGUUAAUUAGAGCACUUAGAGCUUUUGUAAUUGAUCCUCAUUCAAGUGAUUCUGAUUUUGACCUUGAUUUUGAUUCUGAAUUUGUUGCAGUUUUUGAUAACAUGGCUGAAGAAGGACCGCGAGAAAGAACAUUAAGGGAGCUGGCUGCACCUGAUUUCACCUACGAAAGCUUGUGUAUCCAGUAUCUUGAGGAUGUACCAUGUGUACUCAAAACUGGACUAAUCCAUUUAUUGCCUAAGUUUGGUGGUCUUGCAGGUGAAGAUCCUCAUAUGCAUAUCAAAGAGUUCCGUACUGUCAUAUCCACCAUGAAGCCUCCUGAAGUUGACAAAGAUCAUAUCUGUUUGAAGGCUUUUCCACAUUCUCUUCAGGGAACUGCAAAGACUUGGCUGUAUAACCUGCCUCCUUCGUCCAUUGCAAGCUGGGACGACCUGAAAAGAAAGUUUCUUGAGAAGUUCUUCCCUGCCUCUAGGACAACUUCAAUCAGAAAAGACAUCUCAGGAAUCAGGCAGCUACAUGGAGAGACUCUACAUGAAUACUGGGAAAGAUUCAAGACACUAUGUGUGAGCUGCCCCCAUCACCAGAUUUCUGAGCAGCUCCUAGUUCAGUAUUUCUAUGAGGGUUUGCUCAACAUGGAGAGACAUCUCAUUGAUGCUGCUUGUGGAGGUGCAUUGAAUGACAUGACUCCUACUGAAGUCAGGCAGUUGUUUGAGAAGAUGGCUGCUAAUUCUCAGCAGUUUCACACAAGGAGUAAUGAUGCUGUUAAAACUGUUAAUGAGAUUGGGACAGAUCCAAGGAUGGACAAGCUUGAGAAGAGGAUGGAAACCAUUGCCAGCUUGGUUACUCAAUUGGCCAUGAACCAGAAUAAACCUUCACAACAGGCAAAGGUUUGUGGCAUUUGCACUAAAGACCAUAAUACUGAUGUUUGUCCUUCUCUGCAGGAACCUACAAAUGAGAAUCCUGAAGCAUAUGCUGCCAACAUUUUCAAUAAUCGACCUCAGCAAAAUUAUGAUCUGUCAUCUAACAGAUAUAAUCCUGGCUAG